AAUAUUUUGCAAGUCACACCGUGACCGUGCCCGUCGGUAGAUUAGAUAUCCCUAGGGAAACACGGGUUGGGAACCGUGGUAUUCGGAUGCGUAGGAUUGGAGUAUGGUAAACAUGAGUUUUGAUGUGGCGCCGUUGUGUGAGUUAUGACGGGAUUAUUAACGGCGGUAGUAUGCUGUUGGUUGCUGUCUUGCACGCGGAUCAAACCAAUCAUACAUCCAAAUAGGACCACUGGCAUGAUGUAACUUUAGUGUGAAUGAAUCCAUGAAUAGCCUAUGAGUGGCUGACUCGCUAGCGCCGAGGGCAACCUAGCCUUGGCCUAGUCUCUUUCUCUCUUCCACCGAGGUUAACGUAUACCCUGUCCUGGUUCUAGUUCGGUUAAGUCACUGUUCUUGCUCAUCGUGUUCAACGAUGGCGAGAGCACCAUCUGCCUUAUGCCUUAUGUUAUGUCUUCUACUUUCCUCGUCCCUCUUUUUUCAGGUUUCAGCUCAGUCUACAAACCAGACCACUGCGAGCAACGGUACACCUUCUCCCACUGUCUCUGCAAAUGUUACAACGUUCUUGACGACUAGCUCCUACACCUCAACAUAUGUCAGCCACUCAGGGAACAUUGCGACCACUAUCACCACCGUAUUACCCACAGUGUACAAUGCGACAAGGACUUCAUCCACGUCAACAUCCUCAUCCUCAUCCUCAGCUUCAUCCACCCCAACUCCCAUCGUCCUAGCUACUACAAUAACUCCAGCUUUCGGUGUAUUGGGAGCGAUCCUCAUCAUAACUGGACUACCGAGUGCGUUCUGGGGCCACAAGAAUAGAUGGACAUCUUUCUUCCUAAUUGGUUUCUAUACCCUUUCAUUGGUCUGUUUCGUUCUUAUCGUCAAAUUCGGCAUUCUUCCCGCGAUCAACCCACCGAGCAACACACUCCAGGGCAUGUUCGUAUUAGCCUCCGCCGUUGCUGGUAUCAUGGGCGGCGCCUUCACAAUCUUCUUUUGGAAGGCCACUAAAUACUUCAUUGGCGCAUGGGGUGGUUUCGCUUUCGGACUAUGGAUACAAUGCUUUAAAAGUGGCGGUCUUAUUACCCCUGUUGGCAUGAGAUGGAUUCUGUAUAUAGCAUGCAGCGUGGUUGCAUUUGUCCUAUGCACGAUACCCAAGAUACAUUGGCAUAUGCUUCUGGUUGCGACUGCCUUUGUUGGCUCGUCCGCCUUCAUACUCGGCGUGGAUUGCUACACCACAGCUGGCUUAAAAGAGUUCUACGUCUGGAAUCUAGGUUUCACCUCCCUAUUCCCGAAGUAUGUCGAUAACAGCAUUGCAUUCCCGGUAACACAAACUAUGGAAAUCGAACUUGGACUCAUUGGAGCGGUCACUCUUAUGGGCGGAGCCGUUCAGCUCCGCAUCCUCCGCGUCUUGCAGCGCAAACUUAAGGAAAUUGCUCACGAAGAAAAGAAGCGGGAUGAAGAGGCCGAAAUCAACGCUGCCGGUAAAUUCCAAGAGCUCUCAAAGGAGCAGGAGGAAUGGGAAAACGAUCACCCACCACUUGGAAUGCAUGCCCGGACGGCCAGUGGCUACUCUGGGACUCCUUUAAUGAAGGAUUUCCCCACCAGAGGCUCUCAAGAUGGGCGGGCUUCCAUGUUCACGUUGGUUGGCGGGCGUGGUCGCUAUACAUCGGGAGUGUCUGACUUCAUGGCUGCUCCCACCCCUGACGAAGAUAUCAAGCGGAUCGCACGUGAUACCCAAGCGCCCGGUGUCUUGCCUGCUCUUGAUCUUGGCCUUGGAAUUCAACAGGAUGUCCCUUCUGGGUUCAUUACUGAUAACGAUCCUGACAGCAGUGAUACCAAACACAGCGAUGUGAGGAAAGCUGUCUCAUUGGAGUUGGAAGAUCUUGCACGCAAGGAGGAGCUUCUAGCCGAAAUUCAAACCAUCAGACGCUCAAUCGAUGCACUCAGAUCGGAGACACCUGGCCUUGACUCGGACGACUCCCGCUCUCGUCGUAUCUCUCUGACCUCUCGCCGCACCCUUAGCUAUGACCUUGAUAAUGCUAUUGCUCCACGUCCACACACUCGCCCACCCAGACAGCCAGAUCCACGCGGCCGUGCACAAUCCAUGGAAUUUUCCAAGCUAAUAGAUGCGCCUCCGCUUGGUGCAUCUAUUGGCCGUCCUACAAGUGUUCCUCUGCGCGAUGAUGACUGGGACUCGUACGUUCGUGACCGUAAGCUCCUACAACCACCGGCUGGGGUGACUGCACCCAUUCCAACGAGCCGUAUGUCCACGACAGGAUCACUAUCUGCACAACAACGCCUACCUGUCCCGUCAGCUGUCACUGAAGCCCUCUCCCAAAGGAAACGCCGGGAGAGUUUGUUGGACCCUGGUGUUGGUCCAGACACAAGCGCGAAAGAUACGUCGGACGAGGAUAUGCCCAUUGCCACCCUUCCAACAGCCCGCGCUCACACAAAGAAAUCCAAACCACAUACCAGCAGCAUGAUCCCAGCUGUGUUAGCACCCUUGCAGCCUCCUGCAUCUGCCACACGUUAUCCUCCUGCCAUCCUCUCCAGGAGUGCCCCAUUGUUACCUGAGCUCGAGCGAAGCAACAUACCGAUCGUCCUUCCUCCCACUCGACCAUUGAAGGCUGCGGUCGCUGAGCUCCCCAGCAAUAUCCCCGUGAUCAUUCCUCGUGGACAAAGUGCAAACAUCGCAGCUCCAGUUGCCCAGAGGCCAGAACCUCAGCGUGUUGCGACGUUUGAGGAAAUGGAGGAACGGCAUCGGGAGAAGAUGCGGGGUCUCCAAGCUCCCAUCACGGAGGCUGAGAAACAAAAUGCGGAGGUCCAGGCUGCCAAGCAUCGUUGGGAGCGCUCAAAGGCAGUGGAGCGGGAGGCGGUAAACAGGCGGCAUGCUGAGAAGGCCGCAGAACUUGCACGAGAAGAGAAGGAGAAGUUGCGGCGCAGGUCAGAGGACGGUCUUGGCAAGGUGGGAUCCGAGGACGACAAGAACCCAGAACGUCGGUCUAAGGGAAUAAACGCUGACAAGCUUGCUGCCAUUGGCGGUGUCAACAACCCAUCGUCGUCAAAACGCCAAUCGGUACUGAGGGUGGAGGAUUGGCAGCGGCUUCAGCAGGAUGUGGAGCUUGGAGUUCGCCCCGAACGCGCUGCUGGCACAAAGCGGGAGUCUCGCAGGAUGAAGACUGAGGCCAACGCGACUGUUCCAUUCCCUGGACAAAGUCGCCCGAUGGACAGACGUCGUUCUGCCGGAGUUCCUCGCGACCCUCCCAGUUGAGCCUGAAAUAGUGUCAGAUGUCAGGUGCUAUGGUCACGUCACUCUCAUUUUCUAAGACAUAUUGGACGUUCAUGGACAUAUUUUUACGCCUGUCGUUUCAUUAGGGUAUCCACAUGUCUCUUGCGACUUCGACAACUUUAAUAUUGUUUUCUUACCGUCUAUCCCCCUUUUCUUGCAUUAUGCAUAUGUAGAACCAUUGUAAUACAUAUCGCACGACGAUUCAAGUCUGCGUAUGUUUUGUAGGUAGCUGCAUACGUGACUUCAUUUGAUCAAUUCUAGGCAUUUGAGUACCUUUGUGCCUUGAAAUGGCUGGCCCCUCUUAUGCGA